CUCAAGAAGCCGCCAAAGACAUCAUCAAAGACACAGCACAUCAAAAGAGUGUACCUACGGGCCAACUUAUCUUGACAGCUUUCCAUGCGACUCGGUUCCCGAUUCUUCGUUCACCAUCGCAUACCAUCGAGAGCGAUUCUCAUAAAGCAACGUGCUUGUUGAGAUGUUAUACUUAUCCUGAUACAUCUUUUGUGCCAGCUUCAGAAGAACAUGUAGGCAUGAUGGCAACUGGCAAUGACACCACGUUGCGGAAAAGGUCCUUUGCGACUUACGGCAAAGCGCGACGGCGGCCUGGACCCGACUACCUGGCGCCAGCCAAAACCUUUAAAGACGACACCGGAGGUGGCAGGAGUCGCCAGUACUCUGUUCCCCGGAAUAUAGAGCCUACCGCAGAUACCUCUGUCCACGUUCAGCCCCCGCAAGCCAGCCCUUCCCCAGUCACCGAUGACCCCAACGUUUUCGACUUUCCGAGCGACAGCGAUAAUGGCACCUCACGCCCAGACAAGAGAAAACGUAUUGCGAAACAACCCCAAGCAUCACCAAAGAGAAUGAAAAAGGAGCACGUUGAGGUCAAGAAGCCGGCGACGGCAGAUACGAGCAAUGGCCACUCUCCCUAUACAACCCCGCAACGCAACAUCGCAUCCAAAGCCCGCGCUCCGAAGUCUAGCAUUGUGCAACACAGAGAGACACGGCCCAGUGGAGAUGAAAUAUCGAAUCCGACGAAACCGGCUUCAUUAUCACAUGCUGCCUCUGGCGCAAAGCACGGCCUGCCAGGUCGAGCAAAGGCAAAACCCGAUACCACCACCCGUGGCGAACCAUCUUCCACGGCUGCCCCCAAGAAAGAUAAAGGCCAAGGAACACAGCGACAUAAUACAUAUUCCUCAACAAGUGAUCGAUCCCAAUCAAUUACCCCGCGUCGGAAUUCUCCGGUGCCAAAAUCGUCGACUAUUGCCUUCGAUGCGCCGGGAACGACCACUCCCGUCCGUGACACUACGGACUCUGGCCUCGAUUUCAGUGGGCGGUCAACGCCAACGGGACUCACUCCAAAAAGCGUGAAAAUGUGGAAUGGGCUACUGGGGGAUGGUUUCGAUGGCGUCUCCCACCAGGCAACGGAACAUUCCGCCGUACAAGAUAGAGGGGUGAAUCGACGACUUCCAAGACGGCGAUUGAUAGACUCUUUCGCUGAAAAGAAGGCUUCCAAGUCCGUCCCUGCUGCCCAGCGGAGCAAUAUUGGCCUUGAAAGAGGGAUUUCAGACGUCCCUCCCGAUAUCAACCUGACGAGUGACACGGAUAAGCCUGCUGGCGUAGCAGUUGGGCAGCAAGCCAUUGUUGCGCCACAAGCACCAGGCCCAAGAAUUACGUAUAGCAGCCAGCGGUCAAUGCUGGCAGAGGAAAAUCUUCUUACCAGCAUGGACCCCAACUUGUCUCAAUCUCAAGACGAGGCUGCAGAAACACCGAGGAGACGACGGGGAGCAAUGCCUACCUUGACGCGACUCCACAGUUUAGACGAGGAUGACGAGGAAGAUGAUAAGCAACCCGGAGGUGGGAUCCGAACAUUCCAUGAGCUGAGACAGGCGGGCGCAAACAAACGGUUUGUGGACGAGGUUGAAGACCUCAGUGAACGGAUUGGCGUGCCAACGAAGCAGCCUUCCAUGAGGCGAUCCGGGUUGCUGGAUCUUAUUGGAAAAACGCAUGAUAAGGCUUUCUUGAAGAGUCUUAUUUCUAACGGAAUGGAUCAACGCCUAUUCCUUCGUCUAGGCGAUGAGACAGACAUUAUUUCAGGCUUUAUAAUCGCUUCGAUCCUCGUUAUCUUGCUCAACUCCACAGCUUCGCCGAUUGCAACUUCUCACCUGCUCAACCAGGGGUUCUCAGAUUUUAUCAACCGUCUUUUAAAAGUUGAUGAUACUAUUACCUCACUAUCACAGCAACGAAAAACGAACAUGUCCAAAAUGACACAGACGCUACUAGCACAGGAGCACAAAAAACUUUUACAGAUGCAAAUAUGGGGGGAGGUUCAACCGAAAAAGCUGUCCCCUCGCUUAGUUGCUCUUGCUUGCCUUUAUUUUGUUGUCAAGCAGAAUCGCGAGAGUGGCAUAGCUGGAAGCAUAGUUUCCGACGAGAUUGCAGAAAGUCUGUUUUCGAUCGUCAACCUUUACACCGAGGAAAACUCCUGGCAGCCGACGGGACCACUUCAGUUCGCUGAUCUUCAUCUUACAAUCUCGAUCUUAGAGCUUAGUUCUCUGGGUUUGUCAAAUCGCCCUGGAGAUACAGCGUGGGGAGGCCGUCAUCUAGCUAUCAUUCGUGAAAUCACACAUGUGGCUCUUCGGUCUGUGCCGAGCGAGCUUUCAUCAACCAAAGCCUUGGUGUUGGGCCUCGCAUUGAACAUCACCAACAAUAACUCCCUGGCAUCAGAAAUAUUUUCAACGUCAGGAUUCAUCCAUGACGCGUUCAAUGCGAUUCUAUUAGAUUCCAAGCAGUUGUUGAAUAUGGUACCCGGAGAAAGACAAUCGACGUCAGUGGAUGGCCUUAUCUUGAUGAUCGGUAUCAUGAUUAACCUGGUCGAAUGGAGCGAUCGGGCAAACGAACCAACACCGGCGCUUGACAAUGGAAGCUUGAUAGAUGCUGUGCGGAUAUUCGUAACAGGGUUGGAGAAGGCACCUGAGGCUGAUUCCGUCGAGGGGGCUAACCUCAAUGUAACAUUUGGUUACUUGGCUGUACUUCUGGGGUAUCUGGCCCUGACGAAAGAUACUGCGCGGCAAAUGCGGCUUGGUCUUCCUGGACACAGUUUGAAGCCUCUGAUAGUGGCCGUCGAUGAGUUCAUUGAUCACCACAGGGAGGUUGACACCCAGUCUGGGGAUGGCAUAGAAGUUCAGAAUUCUCAAAGCGGCCUAACGGAAAAGCUCUCGCGGAUGCUGGCAAGGCUGGGGACCAUGGAAGAAGAAUCACAAUGACCUGAGGCCAUAUCGUCUCCUCAAUAGGAUAUAUAUACACUUCGACUCGGCACAUAUUUAUUGUCUUUUGGCCUCGGCGUAGAUAAACUGGACAGGGGGCUUAAUAGGCAGCCAUGGAAGAGAUACCCAUAUAGAAUUACAUGCACUGCCGGCAACGAGCAGCAUGUUAAAUGAAUUUUCUUAAGUGCUUUCCAUACACUAUAAUGGUGGUUUGUUCCCAUCGCUACCUUUUGAGAACGUAAAUUAUAAGAAAUAUAAAUAUAAGCAAAGAAUAUUGGC